GGGUGUUUAAAUCUAACGAACCCAGAGCGCGUCUGUCAGUCGUAACACAGCAUGUGAGAUAGUGCUCGCUACUGUCUCUGUGUAGAAGUGGAGCUGGGUUAAGGUCACUUUAACAGUGUUUUCGCCACCGUUAGAAGGGAUACUGUGUUGGAGUAGUCUAGCUGAAGAGCAGACAUGGUGUUCCUGUCGCUGUCUUGUUGGAUCAGAAGCCGGGGACCAGACAGAUACUGGAAAGUUCAAGAAGUUCUCAAACAUGCACGGCACUUCAGAGGCAGGAAGAACCGCUGCUACAGUCUGGCUCUGCGGGCGGUCAGGAGAGCUUUCGUCUACGCCACCACAGCUCGGAGGCUCAAGAAGCGCAACAUGAGAACGCUCUGGAUCACACGCAUUGCAGCAGCAUCACGAGAGCACGGCAUGAAGUAUCCCGCUCUUAUGCACAACCUCACCAAGACAAGCGUUCAGCUCAACCGACGUGUAAUCAGUGAUCUGGCCGUCACAGAACCUCGGUCAUUCCUCUCUCUUGCAAAGCUGGCGCGGGCUCGUCAACAGGAAGGCUUCCGUGCAGCGUUGGGUGACGGCAAAGAGCCUUCUGGUGUCUUCUCCCGUGUUGUUUUGCUACAGUAAAGGACAUGCUGCACCUACAGAUUUCCACUUGUUAUGUUGUUAAAAGAAUGGUGGCAUUGGAUUGUGGAGCUGUUCAUGAAAUGGUCAGUCAGGCACACACUCACCCCCUUGCUUUGCUGUUGUCAUUUCCAUAUAAUGAAAUACGAUUCCUUUCUUUAAAUAGUGUUGUAUAUUUGUGAUUUUAUUUAUCACGAUACCAGUAGGGCUGCAUGCAUUAACGACCCACAUCAAUGACCCAGGGUCUGGUCACAUGAUGAGUCAUGAGAGAAGACUUAUGACAUGAUGCACUGCCAGAUCUGAGUCUCUGCCUGCACCAUGUAUAAUACACAUCAACAUGGGAGUCUCACAUGGGUUAGCCCCACAAAGAUGUCAAAUAUCACUGUUGGGUAGAUUUGAAACAGAGUUGCCAGCAAAGCAAUGUCCCUGAAGAAGAAAGGGAGGCUUGCUCAAGGACACUCCAGCAUGAUGGAUGAUUAAUGUUGAAGUUCCUUGAUCCCUGAACUUGACGCACGGUUUCUCCACCCAUUAUGCUUCACUCGACCCAUGUGGCUAUUGUGUUGUCCAAAAGCAGUGCAUCCCUGAAAACCGAUUUGACAAAUGUUAAUGUCUUUCCCUUCUAUUAAGGCCCCUGACAACAAUACUGAUAAAAGACAACUGCUAAAUAUAGCUGUAAUUUUUUUUCAGGUGACACAUUUCUAUUUCAGCUUAGACUGAAUUAAAGCAUAUUUGUGAAAUUGUGCACUCUUAUGUCAUAAUAAGGAUAUAAUGAUAAUCCAAGAUGGCACCUGACAUUAAACAGAAUAGCAAUAGUUUUGCCACAGACCGCCCUGCUUCUGCUCUGUUCACUGAUUUUAACCCAACACCUCCAUCAUGUGUGCCUGACUUUUCCUGCUACAGUGUUGCCUACAAAAUACUCCACUACAGCCGUCCUGAUUACCUCCAGUAUCAUAAUACAAGAUGUGAUUAUUCAUUUUCCCAAACCUUGUGUUUCACAUAUGCAACCUUUUUUUGGGUUAUGAUUUGAUGCAGAGAUUGAGUUUUCAGGUGGUUUGACAGAAGAGUGACCUCAAGCUUUUUCAUGUAAUGAGUUGUGUCUCUGUGUAAAUAUUUAUUUUACCAAUUGUUGUGGAGAGGUUAUCCUCUGAAUGUUUAGUUCAUUAAACAU